AUGAGCAUGAUGCGAAUACUACUGUGCGCGUUAGCGAUACUGUCAACAGUAGCCGCUCAGAAAGAUCCGCACUAUGUGCCCGGUCACGAUGGGAUGGUGCAUCUUUUUGAAUGGAAAUGGCCGGAUAUUGCAAAAGAAUGCGAAAAAUUCCUCGGUCCCAUGGGAUUCGGUGGUGUACAAGUUUCUCCGCUCCAAGAGAAUGUGAUUGUACACAAUAGACCAUGGUGGGAACGUUACCAACCUAUAUCUUAUAAGUGGGACACGAGAUCGGGCACCCCGGACGAAUUCAGGGACAUGGUUCGCAGAUGUAACAAAGCCGGAGUAAGGAUUUACGUUGAUGUGGUCUUCAAUCACAUGACCGGAAAUCAUGAUGUCGCAAAAGGUACCGGCGGUUCAACGGCGGAUACUCACAAAUUCGAUUAUCCAGGAGUACCGUACUCCGGAUUCGAUUUUCACGUCCCUUGCUCCAUCGACAAUUAUAACGACGCGGGGAAUGUAAGGAAUUGCGAACUGUCCGGUCUGCAUGAUCUCAAUCAGGGAAAUGAAUAUGUCAGAGAGAAGAUUGUCGACUUCUUGAACGGUAUAGUCGAUGUUGGAAUCGCUGGCUAUCGAGUAGACGCAGCUAAGCACAUGUGGCCGGAGGAUCUAAAAGUAAUCUACUCUCGGGUAAAAGAUCUCAAUCCCGAGUAUUUCCCUGCAGGCACGCGACCUUAUAUAUUCCAAGAGGUGAUUGAUUAUGGCAGCGAAGGGGUCAGUAAAUACGAAUAUAACUCUCUUGGCGCGGUUACGGAAUUCCGAUAUGGCAUGGAGAUCAGCAACGCCUUGCACAAAAAGAAUCAAUUGAAAUGGUUUUCCAAUUGGGGAGAAGCUUGGGGUUUGUUACCAUCCAAGGAUGCUCUGGUAUUUAUUGACAAUCAUGAUACUCAGCGUGGCCACCCCGAAAUACUUACCUACAAGUCAUCGAAGCUAUACAAGAUGGCUGUUGCUCUUAUGCUGGCACAUCCUUACGGAACUCCACGUAUCAUGAGUUCUUACGCUUUUGACAAUUUUGACGCCAAUCCGCCACAGGACACUUUGGGCAAUCUUAUAUCUCCAACCUUCCACUCUGACAAUACUUGCGGUAACGGUUGGGUCUGCGAGCACCGAUGGCGUCAAAUUUACAACAUGGUGCGCUUCCGAGUUGCUGUGAAUAAUACUGACGUGAACAACUGGUGGGACAAUGGCCAGAAUCAAAUCGCUUUCUGCCGAGGAAACAAGGGUUUCAUUGCGAUCAAUAAUGACGAUUAUGACCUGAAGCAGGAUUUCUUUACUUGCCUAGAGACUGGUACUUAUUGUGACGUUAUCUCUGGAACCUUAAAGAGUAACAGGUGUACUGGUAAGAAAGUAAAAGUGGAUAAAAAUGGAAAGGCGCACGUAGAACUCUUGGCGCACGAUGAAGAUGGUGUGUUCGCCAUUCACCGAGGGUCAAAAGUAAAACGAUCAAGGAAAUCAUAAAAAGCAGAUUGAAGAAUUGCUUAUGGUAAGCAUAUAUUGACACAAAAUUUGUUAUAUAAAAUAUAU